AUGAGGGAUGGGCUAUCAGAGCGACAAUAUGAAUUUAGGCCAAAUAGAUCCACAGUUGAUGCGAUCGGCCAUUUGAGGGCGAUGGCGCUGCGUAGCAGGGGCAUUCCUACAUAUCUGCUUAGGGUACUGGACAGCUGCUUAUCGGAUAAACACCUGGUAUAUGUGAGCAGGAAUAGGGAGUUGUGUAAGCGAGAGGUAAGAUGUGGUGUUCCACAGGGGUCGGUUCUAGGACCUACUUUGUGGAACAUAGGGUACAACGAUGUUCUGAGAGAACCACUGCCAUACGGGAGAACCUGUAUAUGCUAUGCGGAUGAUACGUUGCUAAUAGUGUCGGGGACAAAUUAUAGGGAGACAGUGGCUGCGGCCAAUACAGCAACGACAGCUCUCAUAAAAACCAUAGAGAGCAUCACGCUUGACACGAAAUGGAUGUUCAAGGAGCACUUUCGUGUGAUAUUAACCAAGGCCGAGAGAAUAAUAGUAGCUCUCAGUAGACUGAUGCCUAACUUGAGGGGACCAGGGGAAAAGCGUCGAAGCUUGUAUGCGGGAGUGGUGAUAUCGGUAAUCAUGUACGGUACACCUAUUUGGGCGAUAGAUGUGGCCGAAAAUAGAAAAAUCUGUGACAGUGUUGCUCUUUACUCGAGGACGAAGGAUAUAAUUGCAGAGCACGGGUUUAUCUUACCUAGGACAAGGGAUAAAAUAAAAGUGAUGGAAUAUGAAAAGGCGAUAGAGACUUGGAAGGGAGAACUUCUGAGCCUCUCGCCAUCGGCACCGGAAUACAGGGUUCAGGAAGCCUUAGCGGAGGUACUAUCAGGAUGGAUAAGCCGAGGAGCGGGAGGUCUUACUUUCCACAUGACCCAAAUUAUAACGGGUCACGGAUGCUUCCAGGAGUAUGAAAUAAGACGCGCUGGGUCCCCCGCUUGCAUGCACUGUGUGGGAGCGGUGGACUCGGCGCGGCAAACCCUGGAGGCGUGUCCUGCAUGGAACGUUCAAAGGGUUACAUUAAAGUCAAUAGUAGGUCAGGAUUUAGCAAUUGGGACGAUUAUGAAGGCUAUUGUUCGCUUUGAGCCUAAGUGGGAGGGAUUCAAAAGGUUCUGUGAGGAGAUAAUGUUAGAAAAAGAAAGGAUCGAUCUGCGAUCGAUUCAAUGUGGGCAAAGCAACUGCUAUGAGAACUGUGCGAAGAGUCUCGUGGUGUGUUUAAAAAGUCGACAAGAUUCAUUCAAUGGCCUAGUGGUAAUCGUGCGGUCACUGUGA